UUCUGUGCUGUCUGUGCAUUGUACAUGUUGGUCUUUCAAUUCUUCUGAUGAGAAAACUGAAGUUCAAAGAGAUAAAGUGACUAAAUCCAAAGUUAGUGGGGAGGGAAAGGAUAAUGAAAAUAAAAUAUGUAUAUAAAUAUGUAUAUACACACAUGUAUUUAAAGUCAAAACAUUACUGAUUCAUUGGGACACAGGGAUUAUAAUGAAUCCUUGCUAAACCCGCAUAAAAUAGUAUCUGGAGUCACUGAGCCAAGUAUUUUUUUAAGGAUGCACUGCUUGCGUGAUAAAGUGCUGGAUCUAGUCUCUUGGUUAGAUUCAUUCUAAUGGGUUGGAGGCAGUUCAUGAAGUAGUCCACAACCUAGACAUCGGGAGAAAGGUUUCCUAGGGAAGGCUAGCAGAGUCACCCACCAUAGACCGGUGGUUCCAGGAAAGGCCUCUGGAGAUGACUUAUGUCAAAGUUUGGGAUGGGAUGGGAAGGGGAGAAUUCCUAGCCAUGGGAUCCCAAAGGCUCCAAUUCAGCAGAAAAGCACCCGACCAGUUCGGGGAAACUGGAAGCGGACCAGUUUAGUCGUAAAACAGUCUUGAGGAGUUCGGAGGGAAAAGACCAGGGCUCCUUAGCUAGGUGUUUUAGUGCCAGGAAGGAGUUUGGGUUCCUCAAAGGGAUUCGGAGAGUGUUUAAACACUGAAAUAAUUCCUUCUAGUACUCAGGUAAUGUCCCGUUUCUUAAUCAUUUAUUUUAAAACUAUAUUGGACUUUAUUUUUAAUCCAUCUCAAUAAAAGGUUGUAAAAAGCAACUCUGCGUACUUAGCGAAUCUCCUGUGGUGGUUACCGCCCAGUGCCUGUGCUCCAAGCGGGCGUGGCAGGCGGAGCUAGGAGGCAGAGGAUGUCCUCGGAUGGUCACCCGCCACUCUCAGGUAGGCUGUCCCUCAGGUGAACUCCUCAGGCUGGCAGCGACGUCGCCUCAGACAGCGGUCCCGGCUGGUCCCCGACCGGAGACUGUCACGGGGAAGAGGCCGGCCGCUCGCUCGGGAUUGUCGCCGUCAGGCACAGCGGGAGCAGGGCGGCCGCGCGCUCACGGCUCCGCCCCGGCCGGCCGGGCGCCCGCUCGCCCGCCCACAGCUCCCCAGAGUCCUCGGCGCACUGGCCGAGCUGGCGCGGACGUCGUCGUGCCCGCGCGGAUCCGGCUCGGGGCGAGCUGCGGACCCUGCGAGCGGGGCGCGAUCGGGGGGAGCGGAACUGACGCGGGCGUGCUUCCGGGGGCGACCGGGGAGAGCGAGCGGCGGCGGCGACGGCGGCGGGUCGGGGAGCGAGCGGUGCACGCGUCAGCAGCUGCGGGCGACGCAAGUUCCGGACCGGGUUCAGCGUCCUCGCCUCACGCCCCUCUCUGUCCUCGCCUGACAGCGGCUCCUCUGCCCCGCCCGAGCUUUCGGAGGGCGUCCCUUCGUCGCCUCAGCGGCGGCACCGUUCUCUCGUGAAGCACUCCCCCCAGCUCCAUGAAUGGAAAUCGGCUCCGCAGGACCCAUUGGGGCCCAGCCCCUACUCAUAGUGCCCAGAAGACCUGGAUAUGGCACUAUGGGCAAACCCAUUAAACUGCUGGCUAACUGUUUUCAAGUUGAAAUCCCAAAGAUUGAUGUCUACCUCUAUGAGGUAGAUAUUAAACCAGACAAGUGUCCUAGGAGAGUGAACAGCUGCCUAAAUGUAGAUUUAGAUGUUACAUUACCUGGGGAAGGUGGCAAAGAUCGACCUUUCAAGGUGUCAGUCAAAUUUGUAUCCCGGGUGAGUUGGCACCUGCUACAUGAAGUGCUGACGGGACGGACUUUGCCUGAGCCACUGGAAUUAGACAAGCCAAUCAGCACUAACCCGGUCCAUGCCGUUGACGUGGUGCUACGACAUCUGCCCUCCAUGAAAUAUACACCUGUGGGGCGUUCCUUUUUCUCAGCUCCAGAAGGAUAUGACCACCCUCUGGGAGGGGGCAGGGAAGUAUGGUUUGGAUUCCAUCAAUCUGUUCGGCCUGCCAUGUGGAAAAUGAUGCUAAAUAUUGAUGUGUUGGGAACAGGUCUGAAGGUUGAAGUGACUCAUUGUGGAACAAUGAGACGGAAAUACCGUGUUUGUAAUGUAACAAGAAGGCCCGCCAGCCAUCAAACCUUUCCUUUGCAGUUAGAAAACGGCCAGACUGUGGAGAGAACGGUAGCACAGUAUUUCAGAGAAAAGUACUCUCUUCAGCUGAAGUACCCCCACCUUCCCUGUCUGCAAGUGGGGCAGGAGCAGAAGCAUACAUACCUGCCGCUGGAAGUCUGUAAUAUUGUGGCUGGGCAACGAUGUAUCAAGAAACUAACCGACAAUCAGACUUCUACUAUGAUUAAGGCAACAGCAAGAUCUGCACCAGAUAGACAAGAGGAAAUUAGCAGAUUGGUAAGAAGUGCAAAUUAUGAAACAGAUCCAUUCGUUCAGGAGUUCCAAUUUAAAGUCCGGGAUGAAAUGGCCCACGUAACGGGACGUGUACUUCCGGCACCUAUGCUGCAGUAUGGAGGACGGAACCGGACAGUGGCAACACCGAGCCACGGCGUGUGGGACAUGCGAGGAAAACAGUUCCAUACAGGAGUUGAAAUCAAAAUGUGGGCCAUAGCUUGUUUUGCCACGCAGAGGCAGUGCAGAGAGGAGAUCCUGAAAGGUUUCACGGACCAGCUGCGGAAGAUUUCCAAGGAUGCGGGGAUGCCCAUCCAGGGUCAGCCUUGCUUCUGCAAAUACGCGCAGGGAGCAGACAGCGUGGAGCCCAUGUUCCGGCAUCUCAAGAACACCUACUCAGGACUGCAGCUCAUUAUCGUCAUCCUGCCCGGGAAGACGCCAGUGUAUGCGGAGGUGAAACGUGUAGGAGAUACACUUUUGGGGAUGGCUACACAGUGUGUGCAAGUCAAGAAUGUAAUAAAAACAUCUCCUCAAACUCUCUCAAACUUGUGCCUAAAAAUCAAUGUUAAGCUUGGAGGAAUCAAUAAUAUUCUUGUACCUCAUCAAAGACCUUCUGUGUUCCAGCAACCAGUGAUCUUCCUGGGCGCAGACGUCACUCACCCACCUGCUGGGGAUGGGAAGAAGCCCUCCAUCGCUGCUGUUGUAGGUAGCAUGGACGCCCAUCCAAGCAGAUACUGUGCCACAGUAAGAGUUCAGAGACCUCGGCAGGAGAUCAUCCAGGACUUGGCCUCCAUGGUCCGGGAACUGCUCAUCCAGUUUUAUAAGUCAACCCGAUUCAAACCUACUCGCAUUAUCUUUUAUCGGGAUGGUGUUUCAGAAGGGCAGUUUAGACAGGUAUUAUACUAUGAGCUACUAGCAAUUCGAGAAGCCUGUAUCAGUUUGGAGAAAGACUAUCAACCUGGAAUAACCUACAUUGUAGUUCAGAAGAGACAUCACACACGAUUGUUUUGUGCUGACAGAACAGAAAGGGUUGGGAGAAGUGGCAACAUCCCAGCUGGAACCACAGUUGACACCGACAUCACGCACCCAUAUGAAUUUGACUUCUAUCUCUGUAGCCAUGCUGGGAUACAGGGAACCAGCCGCCCUUCACACUAUCACGUCUUGUGGGAUGACAACUGCUUCACCGCGGAUGAACUCCAGCUGCUGACGUACCAGCUCUGUCACACCUACGUGCGCUGCACAAGAUCCGUCUCUAUCCCUGCACCAGCGUACUAUGCUCACCUGGUGGCAUUCAGAGCCAGAUACCAUCUUGUGGACAAGGAGCAUGACAGUGCUGAAGGAAGCCACGUUUCAGGACAGAGCAAUGGGCGAGAUCCACAGGCUCUUGCUAAGGCUGUGCAGAUUCACCAAGAUACCUUACGCACAAUGUACUUCGCUUAACAAGUCCGAGUGUGUUCUCUGAAAGGACGAGCUGAAAGACGAAUCAACAUACAAUGUAUAUUUCAGUGGAGUCAGCUCACUGGGGAUGCUCCAGCCAUAUAGAGGCCAACACUAUAUAGGGGUCUGGUCCUUUUGCUGGUCCAAGGAAAAUUGUUUACUCUGUCAAGGAACACAGCACCAUUAUGCACUAGGAAACCAGCCAGCUGCUUUUCGGCAGUCUCCUGUAGGAAGCAUCACGGUUGUUUAUUUCCACUUCUUACGGUCUAACCCUUUUAAUGCCUUUACCUCAAGUUGCUUGGCAGCACAACUAUCUUUGCAAAAAAGUAAAGAAAAAGUGAAUGAUGGUUUAAGAACACACACCUACACAAGCAAUGAUUGUUCAGUUACAUGUGCAGAAAAAGUAAUGUGCAUUUAUCUAUUCUUGUAAAGGAGUCUGUAUUUUAAAUACACACAUGUAUACUCAUGUGCAUAUAUAUCCAGAUCGAGACAUAUAUGUAUCUGUGUCUAUAUUUUAUAGUUCAUUCCGCUGGGGAGCUUUCUUUCCCUCGGAUCCCUCCGUGUGCCACUGUCAUUCCUUUCACUACCUACUUGCCUUCAGCAUCUACACUUUUGUCCCUCCCGCUACAAAUGACACUCAUGUUCAUAUUUAUGACCCAUUUGAAGUAAAGCAUGGCAAACUAGAUUUCUGUUUUCGUUUACGUACCCCACUCCUAACUCCUAUCUCUUACACGAUUCUGAAUCCUCGUCUCCUGAGGCCCUAUUUGCCAGUGUCUGCUUCUUCUUGUCCUGGACUUAACCUUUGCCAUGUGUGCACUGUGACUAGAAGCGGGGCCACCCGAGUAUCCCUCUCUGCAGUGAGCGUGUUAAAGCUGCUAUAAAUGCGAACCCUUGUCAGAAGUCUUUCUGAUCAGGGACAAAUGUUCUGAAGCCUCUGUUUGUGUGAGUUAUACCUGGAAAUCCCUCAAGGCUUUUAUAAAGGGGAAAUAUUUUAAAAGUCUGAAGCUCUAUAGGACGGAAAGAAAAAAGGAAUUAGGGUUUUGAUUUAUGCUAGUUCACUCACUACCCUCAUACCUUAAUGUGAUUUUCCUAUAUACAUUUUAUAUGUGUGUACGUGUAUAGAUAAACAUACGUGUAUGUUGAAGUAUAGCUCCUUUUGCUUUUAUACUCAAUAGAAUCGUGCUUUAAUGAUCAUGAACUGCAUUGGCUACACCUUUUAUAGAAAUGUAACCAUGUUUAAUAAUAGACUAGUUUUUCUCUCUCUUAGUGCAAUAAUCAGUUUUAGAGGAAAGUUGUGUCUGUCGUCUUCACCACGGACAACAGGAACAGGCACCUCUGUCAGUUAAAAGGGGGCAAAGUAAUACAGCCUUAAUUUCAGAAGGAGAGCUUCAUAAUUUUCAGUUUUAAAGCACGUCCAGGAAGUAAAACGACUAAAUGAGGCUCACCUGAGAGAUGGAAACACAGUUGCACUUCAGCUGGAAAGAACAGCAGUGAUGGCCAGGCAGCGGUGGUGCACGCCUUUAACCCCAGCACUCGGGAGACAGCCUGGUCUCCAGAGCAAAUGCCAAGACAGCCAUGACUAUACAGAGAAACCCUGUCUCCAAAAACAAACAACAAAAGACAGUGAACACCUUAAGAUUUAAAGAUUUUUUUAAUUAUUUAAAAUAGAUCUUGAUUGUUCAAGAAUUGUGCUUCUUUGACCAAAAGAAAUCAAGAAAAUACUGGGUGGGGUUUGUUUUCCUGUCUUUUCACCAGUGUAACUUUCUCUUUCAAACUAAGAUGACAAUGACAAAGGAAUUUAGGACUUUGACCAUUUAAAGUUAGUUAAGUUUCUGAACAUGGGGGAAAUCUUUAAAAGCUUAUUUUUCUCCACUUCUUAGUCAAUAACUUUCGUUGGUCACUUUUAAGCUGCCAGCGCUGAGUUUCUCAGUAAUGUAGGGUUCAGGGAACUUUGUACUCUGUAAUUCAUGAAAAUUGCAUCUGAAUUUUCUCUGUUCUUAUUAACACACUGGUUCGGGGACAGACACUACAGUUUGCUGUGGGCACUGUCCGCCUUUCAGGAACUCCAUCUCCGUGUGGGAAGUGAUGGACCUAGAUCUUCAUUUGCUCGCUGCCUCUAAUCCACUGCUAGUGCCCAUUUGCUGCAUUUUGAGCCUGAACUCUGAGCCCAUGUCCUCCCAUAGGUAUGAGGUCUUUUGUUCCCCUGACAGAAAACUAGGAAAGUACUAUAUUUUUUUUCCUUUCAUUGCUUUGAAGGAUCUAAGCUGCAAUUCUCAAUGCCAUUUCAAAGCACUUUACAAAGGAUAUUUGUGUAACUUGUAAAUUUUUUUCCCUUCCAAAACUUUCCCAUCUCCUCCCUGGCCAAAGGAAAAUUCCUUGAAACAUGUUUGGGGUUGGUUUGUUCGCUUGCUUGCUUUGGAGACAAAGUCUCCCUAUAUUGCCAUGCUGGCCUCCAGCACCUGGGCUCCAGCAGUCUUCUGGCCUCAGCCUCCCUGGUAGCUGGACCAUAGGGUUCCUACUACCGUGUCUGGCUGUUUGGGAAGAUGUGCAAGAGAAGAGAAUAGUGCAGCCUCUGUCUGUGCAGUGUAAGUAAAACAUCUUCCUCUGUCUGCGGCUUCUGCACAUAUUCAUGUGAGGGACUUAGGGAGCAACAUGGACACCCUGUCUUUUUCCUGACCUUGGAUCUCAUGUGUGCCAGAGUGAAGCCCUUACUUUAACUCUUAUUUGGAAGGAUUUUUUUUUAAGGGGCAAGAUUUUUUUUCUAAAAUAUAAGGUUUUAUCUUUUGAAUGGUUUCUUUUUUAGAAUGCUCUUACAUUAUUCAGUCUUGCUAGUUUAAGAUAAUUAACUUAGAAGAAUAUGUAUAGUAUAUUUCUAUUUUCCGUCGACUAAGAAAUUGGUAUACCAAACUCAAUGCCAACAAACUUUGUGUUUAGAGUUUUAAGGUAAAAGGCUUAUGGAAAAUACUUCUUAAAAUUUAUAGUAAUUAUUUUUGCACUUCUGGAUAGAAUUCCUAAUCGUUUUCUCAAGUUCCUUUUUUAGUUUAAACCUCAUGGAAACCAUAGUAACUUUUCGUUUCUGUCCCUCCUCUUGCUCACUAGCUCGUGAAUGUUGGCCUGCGGGUUUUUAUGGCAUAUCUCAUAAGGCCGACCAAAACAAACGUCAGUCUAAACAACCGAAUAAUUGGUUUCCAUGUGAGGAAGAGUUGGGAGCUUAAUGUAUGUUCUGGAUGGCAAAUGUGUCUCUGCAGUCAGUGUGCAUGUUACAUGAUUCUGUAUUGUAGUGUGUAAGCGCUGGUAUUGAGACGUGUGUUAAUGACUCUGUAGCUGCUAUAUUUGCUUAGGGAGAGGCGACAUUGCUGCACUCACCAAUAAGAUGUGCCAGAUGCCAGGCUAGCGUCCGACCCUUAGGAUUUGUUAGGGAAGUUUAGGGACGUAAAUUAUGAAGGUGACAGCAGGUACUUGAAACAGCUCUAGCUCCAGUCUAGUAACAGAAUACCUUUGCUUUAGAAAUGUAGGUUUUGGGUUGUGGGUUUGUUUGGGUUUUUUUUGUUGUUGUUUUUUUUUUUGUUGUUGUUGUUAUUUUUUUUUUUACAUUGACAAUUCACGGCUGGUACUUGAGUCUUCUCAGUCCUGAGCUUUGGCACAUUUUCACAGAAAUGUGGAUACCUGUCAUUUUAUUACUACUUAUCUUUUGACAAGUUUUUCAGAAAAUAAUAUGAUCUGGAAAUAUCCCUUCUCUACACAUGAACUAUUAAUUUACUUUUCUUCCUGAAGAGAAUCUAGAAGGGAUCCCAGUAGGAGUGUCCUGUGUGUUUGGGAUGGCUCUUGAUAAAGAUUUAUCUCUACCUCUGACAUAGAGACUCCCCCCUUCUAUAGAGCCGUGCUAGCUUUCCGAGCCAGGCUCUCUGUGCUUCCCACAGCCUAAUAUUGACGUGCAUGUUGCCCCGUGGAUCUUAGGAUGGCAGACUUGAAGUGUGUCUUGGGAAAUAAGAGAGCAACUGCUGCUGAGUAGAAAUGGCUCCAGACUCUCAGUUGGGCAGUGCAAGCACUUGGAGGCCAGCAACAGGCGUGAACCCCAGAGAGACAUCUGCCUGAAGCACAUGCUAGGGCUUUUCAUGUGCUUAAUUUUUUUUUUAAUUUUUUUUUUUUUUUGGU